AUGCUUUCUGCCCACCAAGACUUGGCUGCUGCAAAUCUUUGCUUCAGCUUCCCCAGUCCUGCUCACAGCAUGAACGACUCUUCAAAUGAAUUUGAGUUCGAUGGAUGGGAUGAAACAAUCAAAGGUGGACCAUGGAAUGGAGGAGCCUUCAGGAAUUAUGGCUAUUAUGGCAACCCAAGCAGUCAUGAACUUAGCUGGCUGGCCAAUGAUGGUGAUUCAACUGUUGCAUCAGCACCAUCUGGGGAGAAUAAGGGCUUACCAACAUCUCAGAAUUAUACAAUUGAGGAUUACAAUGACUAUCAGAAGCCCGACACCCAACACCGACAAGAGAUGCUCAACAUGGUCAACAACAUGUCUGACUCAACUUUUGAGGUUUCCCUGCGACAUCUUAUAAAGUUGCCCAAGAUUGCAAAUUCCAUUCAGGAGACUCCAGGGAAAGGGAAAGAAGACAAGUUUCUGAGUGCAGAGGCGCAAAAGAAGGAAAAGAAAGGGAUGAAAAGGGGUUCAAGGAGCGAGAGCAUGGACAAUGGAGCUUUCCUUCUAAAAGUGUUCUUCCCAGUACUUUUGGGUGGAAGGAGGAAGAGCUCUGUAACUUCUGGUUCCUCUUUGCCAAAGCCUAUGCUAACAGAUGGCGAGAAGGGCAUGGUGGAGAAGAAUACCAAUGGCAAGUGGUGGAAGGAGAAUGAGCUGGGCUAUUCGAGCCCAAACAAUGGCACCAACAGCAGAAGAAGGAGAAAGAAUGGCUGUUAUUUCUUUUUCCUGAGCAGCAAGAGUAAAAACUAGAGAGAUUUGAGGGUGGAAGCACUCAAAGGAAUGAAGUGAAUGGAGUUAUAAAAUUCGUUGUUUAAAUUCUGGGCAAAGUCUCAUAUUAUUAUAAUAACUGCCAGCAAAGAGGAGCAUGGCUUGUAGAGGAUUUCAUUUCAUUUUCUGUUCUUGUUUUCUAUUUAAAAUUACCUUGUACAAUGAUGUGGUAAAUAAUAAAAGAUACACUUUUGA